GUUCCAGUUGGCUUCUGCCCGAACGGGAAAUGAAGAAAAGUGUGAAAAUUGGUGAAAAUAUAAUAUAUGAGGAAUGGUUGUUGUAAUCAAACAUAUUACAGCACAACUUGAACAUAAACACAGCAGUUUGACUAAAUUUAUGUUUGGCUUAUAAAAGCGGCACGGCUAAAGACUUGCGCUGUUAAAUAAGCGAUGAAGGCCGUCAGGAGCGUUAUUAAGCGAGUGUCAGUCAAGAAAGUGCAGUGAUAUAAAGACGCAUAACGGUUACGCAAAAAUAAAAAAUAAAUAAGAAGUAUAUGUGUAUAAACCAGAGCAGAUAAUUUAUCAAAACUACGAUUUGUAGUGAAAAAUCCGAAACAUGCAACGUGGCGUGCUCACCUUGGGUAGAUCCACACAGAUCGCACAUAAAACGCAGGCGCUACUAUUCACGCUCUUAAUUUUCUACACCACCACACGAUCAGAUGCCAAUCCUGUCUCCAUACCCGAAAUAAAUGGCAAAUCUAGUAAAAAUAUUGCCGGUUCAUCUUCAAACGCCGCAUUGCUGAUCAAGCCGAGCCCACAAGACGCCCAAUUGAACUCGCUGAAUGCCUAUGCUACCAACUACGGACACUUUGCCGCACAAUUCUCUAAUAAUCCAGCACAAGGUGGCAACACUAACCCCCAUGCAGAUAGCAGCACGAGCAGUCACACAAAUAGCAACCACUUUAAGGCAUCUUUUAAAUUGCCCGAUGUCGAGAAUAAUUUUACACCAUUACAAACAUAUAAUAACGGUAAUAGCAUGCCGCGGCAUGCGGCGCCUUCAACCACAAUUGCCGGCACGCCGAAUGCCAAUAGCAUUGCCAGCAAUAACAUACCACAGCCCACACCAGUUCUAAUGCAAUACCUGCCACACGUAAUGCCGGAAGCUGGCGUACAAUAUCUGCAAUUGAUACCGACGCGUCCGCUUAUUGUGCCCAUAAGUCCGUACUUGAAUGGCAAUGCACCACCGGCUGUAGCACAAAAUGCCGCCAAUGCUGCAGCGCAUGCGCUACACCCACCAUUGGCGGCCGCCAUCAAUGCUGCACCAAUGGAUUAUGGCGCCCGUUCACCGCCUAUGCUAGCAGCGGAGCCCAUUAAUAGUCAACAACAUGCUGCCGCGACUGCCGCUAUGAUAGACAUGUCGAAUGCAGCGCCACCGCCGCCAUACGGUAUACACACAUACGCGAAUGCCUUACAACCGUAUCGCAGCAGCUAUCGCAUAAAUCGUGAGGCGAAGGGUAAGAAUUUUCCCGGCACACUGACACUCAAUAUGAACGAAUAUAUACCGGGCCCCAAUGAGACUCUGCGACCGCUAUAUAUGCGCGGCAGACCGUGAGUUUAUUUUUGUAAAUUAGAUAAGCAUUACCAUACAUAUGAUGGUUAGUAAUAAAAAAUAUACGGUUUUGAAAUGAUUUUUUAAUCUUUA